AUGUUCAGCCCACAAGGCUACCCGAAUGGCAAAGUAGUAUACGACUUUUCGCUAUCACAGAACGAUGAACAGUAUUAUUCCAUGUACGACUUGGAGCCCUAUCGUCAAACAUUUGCUGUAUUUGCAUUGACAUCUUAUAAGGAGUUUUGCGGCGAGUCGGGUCAUGGGCAGUGGUUGGAGGAAGCUCUCAAGAGAUUGCGGAAUCAAUACCCAGCUGCUAUUAUGCAUAAAAUAUUUGUAUUUGGAGUACCAAAAGAAGGUGUUUUGGAAAUCGAAUCUAAACAUAUAUUUGGAAUCUUAUCAUCAGCAUCAAAAUUAUCCAGCUUUACAAGCUUAGAGACAGCCAUGUGCGACGUUACAAGCGACUUUCUAGCAGAGCUCGCAGUAUAUGUUAUUUCACGACAAAUGGGCAGCUUUAAGAGUCCUAGUAUUAAAGGUUUAGACGCUCCUCCAGGAGUGUCCAAUCGAAAUAGAAGAGUAAGCGGACGAGGAGGGCCGCUAAGAAGUGACGCUGAAGGAAGUCCCGGAGCCAAAGGCAUAUCUAGCGGUGGUUCAGGCCAGGCUACUCCGACAAAUACCAGUCCCACUCCACCACCAACAUCAACAGCCCAUGACAAGCCAUACAAUGUUUCUAUUCAUAAAAGCUUCUCACGUCAAAUUUCACCAUCUAUUUCAUCUAAUUUAUCUGGUACGACGAUGAGUAAUGCUUCAUCAUAUUCCAACUCGAUUUCAAUAACUAAAACAGGCUCUAUAUCUCUAGGACUAUCAGAUAGGACUAAAUCGAAGCAGCAUGGACGAAUGAUCAAAUUUUUAGGAAACAUGUAUUUACUUGCUGGCCGACUUUCCGAUGCAUUGAAAGAAUUUACCGAGGCUGCAACUAUACUGAAAACAGCAUACGACCAUCUAUGGUAUGGUUCGGCUUUAGAAGGGAUAGGUAUCUGUCUCGUUUUACAGUCAUUUCUGGAGGUGCCUGUUACUAUUCCAACAGUGGCAUUGCAUGCCACACUUCGAGGUGGAACUCAUAAUCAUACUUCUAGCGUGAGCCAUAGUUCUACAAAUGGAGGCGGCUAUGGCAGUGGAUAUGGGAGCAGGAAUGAAUCUACGAGCUCAAUUAAUGGUACACCUCCUCCAACUUCACCAUCGCCAUCACCAGAGGGUCCUACCAUGCCAGCACCACUUCGCACAUCGGGAUCAGAUGAGCCACCUCGACUGAACGACUUCUUACCUGAUCUGACUGACGCAGUUAUUCGAUUUUAUAAUCGUACACCUACAUCCAGCGAAGAUACUAUACCCCAAAUUGUCUAUUGUGAAACAAUUUUACGAUUUGCCAAGUUAUUAGUCAUGUCUCGACAGGGUGGUGGGUGGAAUGGGGCCGUGCUAUCGGCAAUUGUACGAGGAACUCCAUUACAGCUGAAUAUCACAUCCGACAGUCCAUCAGCAGCCUCUGUGGCGGCAUGGUGUAAUAAAAUAUACUCGACUGGAAUCGCCAAUCUCCCCAUCCCUUUGCAAGUUCGCUUAUAUUCUGGUCUAGCAAGUUUGUAUUCCGGAGUUGGAUUGCAUCGUAAGCGAGCUUUCGUGCUUCGUGAAAUGGUUCUUCGUAUGGUCGGAAAUCCUAUUGCGGCGGAAACUGGUGUGCUGCAAAUGCUGGAUAGAAGCCAAAAAGGAGGAAUAAUAGAGUUUCUUGACAGUGUUUGUCGAGUGUUCUCUGCUGGAGAAGUGACUUCGAUUGGUAGUGGGUGGCUUGAAUUGAGGUUGUCGUUUCUCAAAUCAUGCAUUUCAAUUUGUGAGAGUAUCAGCCAUUAUCAAGGUGUGGUAUAUUUCAUUAGUCUAUUGUUUUCCACCAUGGCAGACUCUUUAGACCGAGAUGAGCAAUUGAGGUUAUUUUCUAGUCUACAUCGAGCGGUCGAACUAUCAAGAAAGAGCGAGCGGGGUCCUGUUUAUGGUCAAUAUUGGGAUCCUUAUAUGCUGCGGGAUAUCAAAGUUCUCCCACCAACCACAGUCAUGCCAACCAGAUUUACUAGACGUAGAUCUGAAAGCAAAUCAGUUGAAUCUCAAAAUUCCGAAGUUUUCCUUUACAACCCAUAUUCGAAAAGCAAAGACGUGUCCGAAAGAGUUUUGGUACAGGGUGAACGAGUUGAAUUCUCGCUUAAGAUUCAGAAUCCUUUUGAAUUCGAGGUACAUGUCAACGAAAUUACAUUGCUGACAAAAAAUGUAGAACUGAUUGAUGCAAAGCUUGGUAAUGUAUUUAUCCCUGGCUCCUCUGUUCAUGAUUUGUUUAUUGUGACGAGUCCGAAAACUCCAGGUGAACUUAUCAUCACCGGUUGUAAAAUAGAAGUUUCGGGCUGUCACCCCGAGGAAUACCAACUGUCGAACCAAGGAUUACCCCGAUUGGAAGUCAAGCUCAAAACGCAUGGAAUAAAUUCAGGCAUCAAAAGGGGCGACAUUGACGAAACACGAAACACAGUCAACAAUAACAGCUUGGUCACUGUUCGUGAGCUCAAAUUGGCAGUACUUCCAUCUCAACCACUUCUACUACCGAAAAAUCAGCUUUCUCUAGAACAAACAUGGGUAAUGGUUUUAGAAGGCGAGAAGAAGAACUUUACGAUAAGUCUUUCCAACCAGUCUAAUACAAACUGUAAACUUGUAAACUUUGGCUUCGUAGACUCCACAACGGAACCAUUACAAGCGACUUUAGCUGAUAAGGAUCUGCCUCUAAAUGAAGUUUACGAAUGUGAAUAUUUUCUUUAUAAACGUAGAGCGCUCCAAAUUUUGAACAGCCCAGGAAUUGGUCCCCACGAAACUGGAGAAUAUGACUUCCAAGUUUCUGGUAAGAGGGGUCUCACAAGUGCAGUCAUUAACCUUGAUUACGGUGUGAUGGAUUCUGAUGAAAGCGAAAAGAGCGAAAACACUUCAGAAGAUGCUGAUUCUCUUACGACGUGGGUCAGGCGAAUAACAGUCCCUGUGAAUGUUACGGUGAAUCCUAGUAUCGAGCUUUCGGCAUGUGAUAUUAUCCCUUUAACUGAGUAUCGUUCGUCAGAGCACCCAUUGACACGAAUUGACGGUCUGCUCCAACCAUUAGAGCCAAACUCGCGGUAUUUCAUUCUGGUCCUGGACUUGCGAAAUGCUUGGUCUCAAGCUAUGAAUGUUAAAAUAUGGAGUAAAAGUGCGGACAAUAAGCGAUUAUCAGAAGUCACACAACUCAUAUACCCAUCCCGAACAAGCAGAUUCCUAUUACCCAUCAAAUGGGAACCCAGUAAAGCUGACAGCGAGUUCUAUCCUCAGAAACCUAUUCCAACCAUGAGUAGAAAGCAAUAUGUGGUUGACCAGAAUCUCACACCUGAACAAGUAAAGUUGAUGACUGAGACAUUUUGGUAUAGAGAACAACUACUGAGUUAUCUGGGUGGUGAAUGGGAAGUUGACGGUUCGACCAGAACAGGUAGUGUUGAGCUGAGAGGUAUUCGUUUGUCAAGAUGGAUGGUGACUACUUUACGCACAGAGCUAGUAAAGGUGUCUAUGAACAUGUUUUCAUCCUCGUCAUCUAUUGCUCAGGUUAAUGAACUGACUUGGCAAGUGGAUGUUGAUGACGAUCAAUUGGUUGUCCGCUCCACAAUUUUCAAUGGCUCGGAUGUUCCCAUCAGUGGAAUAUUACGCUUAGUACCAUCUUUAAGGUAUGGAAAUGAGGGCCCAAUUGAAGCAGAUGAAAUUCAUAAAAAGAUAAUCUACAAUGGAGUGCUACAGCGGCCUGUAUUGCAGAUUAUGCCCGGCCAGAGCGUAGAUGUUGACCUGGGCAUCAUUGUUCUUCUCCGAGGCGAAUAUGAAUGGACCAGUAUGUUCGAAGUUGCAGAUGGACUAGAACCUCGCCAAUAUGUUCAGCGCGAGCCGUUGUUCAUGACAGCCAUUUAA